AUGGCCAUUGGCUUGCCGAACUGGUGGCACUCAUUUGUUCUGCUGGCUUUUCUAAUCAGCUGUUCCGUACGGGUCCAGGAUUCCGUCGCAAUUAUCGCCGAACGUGAUCACAUUGAACAAUUGUUUCCCUUUGGGCCACUACUACCACCACCUCCGCCACCACCAACAGCUCCACCAUCACUACUUCCAGCGCUGCAGUCACCACUGCAGCUUCCUUCGCCUGCUCUACCGCCGCCUGAACCGUACUCGAGUUUCUUUAACCAAACUCCACCGGUGCCGGACUAUUACGUGUUACCUUCGAAUCACGACCGAUCCGCUUAUAUGCCGCACAUCUACCCGCAACUUUCGUAUCUCACUGACCCAGUUCACACACCUGUCGGAUAUGAUCCGUCGUAUUCAAUUUCGCGGGACACUGUGGACGUAUUUUCGGGCUCGUCUAUCCCAACCAUUAGCCAGUCAUCAGACACAUCAGACACAAUAAUGGAUUAUGAUGGUGUGCAAUGGGAACAGUUUCAACCGAUCUCUCCCAUUACCAGCAUUAUCCAGCAUGUGCUUGCCAAUUAUCGAAGCCAUGAGAGUCCGGACGAGAACAAUCCAGACCCGACAACUGUCACUGUUUCUGUGCACAUUCUGGCAGUCGCGUCGAUCAAUGUGGUUCAAAUGGAAUACACGGUGGAUUUGUACUUGCGACAGCAAUGGGUCGAUUCCCGUCUAGCCUGGGCACAUGUUCCACACUUGGCACAUUUUAAGGACUAUGUUCUUCUGACCGCGCACAAAAGUAGACUUUGGUUGCCGGAUCUGUUCUUCCGAAACGGCAAGCGCGGAUACAAACACAAGAUGUCGGUGCCGAACGAUCUGAUUCGGGUUCAUCCGAAUGGGAGUGUUUUGUACAGUCAGAAAAUUACAAUGAUUUUGUCGUGUUCCAUGUAUUUACGUCUAUACCCGAUGGAUCAUCAAGAAUGUCAGAUGAAUAUUGGAUCGUACGGAUACACGGUGGAUGAGUUGAAAUUCGUGUGGCGUGAUGAAGACCCGGUUACUGUUGCAGAGAAUUUACAGUUGUUGGAAUUUGAUAGUCCACGAAGUGCUUCUACUCGUGUAAGUCUUUCCGGUAUAUUUUAUGCUGUGGAGUUUUCUUGGGUCAUAUACUUAUGGAAGGAUAGUUAA